AGUGUUUGUUUGUGAUCCGGCAGCGUGGUACCCAAAGAAUUGCCUGCAGAAGCAGUUUUUGAAAAGAAAAUCUUCUAAUAAUUACAAUUUACCAGUUGAGAGUCGCUUUUUACAAACUUCAAUCAUGGCUCUGCGUGUUCAGUUUGAAAAUAAUGAUGACAUCGGUGUGUUUAGUAAGCUGACAAAUUCAUACUGUUUGGUUGCCAUUGGAGGUUCCGAAGCUUUUUACAGUGUGUUCGAAUCAGAGCUCGCAGACGUGAUUCCUGUUGUGCAUGCCAGUAUUGCCGGAUGCCGAAUCAUCGGUCGCCUGUCGGUGGGCAACAAGAAUGGACUCGUCGUACCAAACAGCACCACAGAUGUCGAGCUGCAACACUUGCGAAAUUCCCUGCCAGAUACAGUAAAGAUUCACCGCGUCGAAGAGCGACUGUCGGCGUUGGGAAAUGUGAUCGCUUGCAACGACUAUGUGGCCGUGGUGCAUCCAGAUAUCGACCUGGAGACGGAAGAAAUUAUAGUUGACACGCUGGGAGUAGAAGUUUACCGACAGACCGUUGCAAACAACGUGCUCGUGGGAGCGUACUCCGUGUUGAGCAAUCAAGGAGGCCUCGUGCACCCAAAGACUCCCAGUCAGGAUCUGGACGAGCUGGCGUCGCUGCUACAGAUUCCACUGGUCGCCGGUACGGUCAACCGAGGCUGCGAAGUGCUUGCGGCGGGAAUGGUAGUGAACGAUUGGUGUGCCUUCUGCGGUACGACUACUACCUCAACGGAGCUGUCCGUGGUGGAGAGCGUGUUCAAGCUGAACGACGCUCAGCCCUCGAACGUGACGAACAAUUUGCGUGCAUCCCUGAUCGAAGCUAUGUCGUAAACGAGAAACGAUUGUAGUUUCGGAUGAUAUUGGCGACAAAUCGGCGGCAAUGAUGUGGAUUAACGUUUUAAAGCUCCGUUGAGAUGUGAGUUGGCGAAAAUGAACGAAAAACAUUCUACCGGUGAACGGUUGUAAUAACAUAUUGUACUAACUGGAAAACUGGUGUUGCUACGAGUUACAAUAUAAGUGUACUCGUUUUACACAAAGAUUUGCCCUGUGUGGUCACUUUUCUCAGUAUCACAUUAUUAAAAAUAUGUCACGUUUCUUUUUUGAAAAAACCAUAUUCGUAUAUUUACCAAAUCCUCGAUUUAUCGAACAAUUAGUUAUAUGAAAAUACAUCUGAUACAGAGGCCAACUUCAAAAGUUUGC